AGGAUUACUUUCCCCUAAGAACGUAGAGCAGCGUACGUCCUUCCUCGACACUUCCGAGCAAGGGUGCUUCCGAGAAGAAUUAAUAUUUGUUGCGACAAUACGUAGUCGUAGAUCUCACACUCUGGCUGCACAGCAGCCCCAGCAACAGCGGCGGCAGUAGCGGCACCGGUGGCCCUGACGGCGCUAGCUGGUGGGCUGCAGCAGCACAGCCAUCACAGCAGCAGCCACAGCAGCCACAAUCACCACCAUCACCGCAAGCACCGCAAGCACCACUACCCGACUCUGCUCCGCCGCCGCUGGGCCGGCGGCAGCGGCUGGCGGCGCUGGCGCUGACAGAUGGCCCAGUCGCCGGGUGGGAUGCCGCCGGCGGAGGAGGAGACCCUGAUGCAGGCGUGGCUGGCGCUGGAUGGCGAGACGCACCAGGUGCACGAGGGCGGCGGGACCGGCACCGCCCUGCCUGCAACGGCCACCGCCUCCGCCUCCGCGUCCGCCGCUGCCUCAUCAUCAUCCUGCAACACCUCCGGAGCGGCGCUGCGGCGCCUGGGCCUGCAGUCCUGCGUUGGGUGCCGGUGGCAGCGCCUGAUGGGCCCCACAGCUGCUGGGGGCUGGUGACGCGUGCGGACCUGUUCAGAGCGGAGAUGGAGGAGGAGGGGGAGACGGAGGAGGAGGGGGAGAUGGAGGGGGAAAGGCAGGAGGAGAGGCAGGGGACGGAAAAGGGAAAUGGACUGAGGAUGGAAAAGGGGCAGUAGGGCUAGAGGGCGUGUGUUUCUCCGUUCCUUCUCCG